AUGCUCCACGUACGGUGCAGCACGAGGGUCUGUUAUGUAGUCCAGUAUUUCAUAAUGGCUUCUCCUUAUUUCGUGCAGAGCAGGUCUGUCAUCACUCGGAGUGGGAAUCAAAGUUCUGGCGGCACACCUGCGGCCUCUCUCAGGUCCAAACUUACCAACAGACGGAGGAACGCGGAUCCAGUCUCCCCUGCGGCGGUGAAGGUGGAGGAGGAGGAGGCGAGGAUCUCGGAGCAAAGAUCCUCCUCGGCCCCCUUAUCGACGGGUGGUUGCCCUGAAAUCCUCCCCACCGGCAGACCACAUCCAAAAACAGAAUCAGGCACUCCAACGCUGCUGUCACACGGCCGCAGGAGGCGACAACUGAAGGUGGAAUAUGACAAGGAUGAAGGUGUCAUGCCGGUGAAGGCAGAGCACUGGGACCCUCCGGAGUGGAAGAAGCAGUUAGGAUACAUUCGUGAGAUGAGAAGCAGCCGUGACGCGCCUGUAGACAACAUGGGAGCAGAGAAAUGCUACGACACAGAGGCUCCUGCACAUGUGAGACGUUUCCAGGUGCUGGUUUCGCUCAUGCUGUCCAGUCAGACCAGGGACCAGGUGACAGCGGCAGCUAUGCAGAAGCUCCGAGCUCACGGCUGCACAGUAGAAAAUGUACUCGCUACUGAUGAUGAAACACUGGGAAAACUCAUCCACCCAGUCGGCUUCUGGCGGAAUAAGGUGAAGUAUCUGAAGCUGACAUCAGCCAUGCUGCUGAAGGAGUUUGGAGGGGACAUCCCAGACAGCGUGGAGGGGCUGGUUCGCCUGCCAGGAGUUGGACCUAAGAUGGCUCACUUGGCUAUGGACAUCGCUUGGGACCAGGUGUCUGGCAUUGGUGUGGACACACAUGUGCAUCGUAUCUCUAACAGGCUGGGCUGGCUCAAGAAGCCAACCAAGAACCCGGAGGAAACACGUAAAGCCCUGGAGGAGUGGUUACCCAGGGAGCUGUGGAGUGAGAUCAACUGGCUGCUCGUGGGUUUCGGACAGCAGGUUUGUCUACCCGUCAACCCCCUGUGCUCCGUGUGUCUGAACCAGCACAGCUGUCCGUCUGCACACAAGAACUCUCCUACAAAGAGGCCGAAGGCCGGAUCCCCGAGGUCCCCAAGUCCAACUUCCUCCUUUAAAACAAAAACUGAACCUGACCAGGAAUCUGCUGUUAAAUACGAGAGGACAGAGAAGGAGCUGCGGCCCACACCUGUUUCCCCCACCACCCAGAGAAGGAGGCUGAAAAGCAAAGUUAACCACUGAUGUAGUUGUCAUUUCAGCUUUUGUCUGAGCUGUGACCAAAUGUUGCACAAGUAGAGUUAAACAUAUACACACACAAACACUGAAAACAUGCAACUAAGCUAAACAUAACAGUGAAUAUACAGCAUUAUUCAGGAUAUUUUUUAUAUUUUAUAUAAGAUUAAAUAUUUUUGUAUUCUUAGUACUUAAUUCUUUAAUAACAAAUAAAAGAAAUGGAUGUUCUGGA